AUGGAGUAUACUAAAACAAAUCACAUUCUGAGGCUAUUCUUCGACUCUGCUCCAAACAUUGACAUUUGGAAACAUUAUUAUGGAAACGAAAAUAUCCCAGAAUAUCACACUAAAAGUGAAGUAUUUAGUCAAACAAAAGAAGGAAAUUAUCAUGUUACAGCAUGUUUCUUCAAUGGAUUUGAAGAAGUUGUUGUUAAUAUAAACGAAGACGAACAAACGGAUACAAGACUUCUAAUUUCUAUUUCUGGAUUCAAUGGCACAAAAACUCCAUCUUCAACAGUUUAUUCUAAACAAGGAAAUUGUGUUAUAUAUCGAACAUGUGCUACAAAAUCUAUACCAAUAUUAUCAUCAGAAUCAUCAUUAGAAGGAAUAUUUUUAUAUUCAAACAUAGAAAAUUCAAACAACAAAAACAUUCUUGAAGAUUCAACAGUCUUUGAUUGUGGAGAUACAGAAAAAGGGAAAUCAAUUUGUUAUUUAGAAAAAGGAAAUCUAAGUUUUUCACGAAAUAACAUAACAAAUAACAAAUGUAAUGAAGAUGUUUCACUUCAUAUUGUUUCUUCAAAGAAAUACAACAUCAGCCAAACAUCUUUCAUUAA